AGGAAAAAAAGGGGUAAGAAGUAAGAACACCAGAAGUCUGGAACAAAACCUAAGUUACGAACUAGAGAGAGAGGAAAUCCGUGGCUUGCAGCGGCGGCGAGCAGCGACGGCGACGAUCGGCGGCGACGAGUGGAGGCGGCGGAGAACAGCGAGUCAGUGACGGCUUGCAGCGGUGGUGAGCAGGGGCUUUGCCAGAACGCAGAGAGAACGGCAGAGAAGGAAGACGGAGAAGGAGUAACUGGUGCCGGACGGUGCUGCCUGGCACGCCUCCGGUGGUUCUUCUGGCAGCAGCGCAGCCCAUAGAAGAGAGGGAGAGAUAGAAGAGAGUUUUUGAACCGUCAGAGAGGAAGAGGCAGUUUUCUGAAGAAAGGAGCCUGAGAAAGGUGAGGUGUAGCAUCUUAGGGUUUCCUAAAUUAUCAAAAUAACCCUCAAUUUUUUCAAAAUUCCAAAAAAAAAACCCGCAAUUUCUGCUAUUUCUAUUGAGGUCCGCCAUGGCGCCACCGCAAUUGCGGCCGCCAUUUUGCCCUCCGCGAAAAACUCAUCGCGGCGACCACUGCAUGGAGGCAAGGAAGAAAUCCGCCACACCAUAACGUUAUGGCGACCACUGAUAUACACGUACUUUGCUGCACAAAUGGAUUUGGAGACUGAAAACAGAUUAGCUGCUAUGCUUAUGAGGGAAGCAGCUGAAUUGCGGCGGCAGUCUGAACAGGAAGGUGUUCUGGCUUAUCUUCAUAAGCCUAAUGUAAGGAGUCGGCCAAAUUCACGUUUCCUCACUGCUACUGUACGUGGUGUGCAACAAGCAAAUCGAGCUGUAGAAGUGAAUGAGAUGUGGCGAGUGCGACAGAAAGAAUUGGAACUUGAUAAACAGGCUAAAGGCACAAGGAAAGAUAAAAGCAGUGGUUACCAAAGCCACAGGGACCAUGACUCAUCUAGAAGCCCAGGAAGACAUACUGGUUUCGAUAAUAGCUCAAAUGCCUCUGCUUCAUGCUCAAGUAAAAGAGCAUAUGAGCUGGAUAAAUGGGAUAAUGGUAGAUCAAGAGAUAAAGGAAGUGUUGACGAAUCCUACGGUGAUAUUAGUAAUCGUAACCUGUCAAGAAGCACAAGUAGACAUGGCGUUUGUCAAGAACCAGAGUAUAAUCCGGAACCAGAAGGUCAAAGGGAUGAAGAGCUGGAAGAGUUUCUUCACACGAGGACAAAGCGAGGCAGAGGUGGCAUCGGUCCCAGAAUGGAUGAGACUGGGCCUUACUUUCUGCCUCAUCCAGAUGGGGAAGUUUGUCCUACACGGGAUGCAAGGGAGCACCGUCUUAUUUAUGAUCCUGAGAGGCUGUCAUCAGGGAAGUCGAAUGAAUCUUCUAAGGAGGAGCUUCACGAUGAAAGGCCGAAAAAGCAAAUAAAGUCUCACUCUGGCAACUCAGACAAGGAGCACUCUAAGAAGCGCAGGUCCAAAGAAAAAUCAAAGCACAAGAAAAAGGAGAAAAACAGAAAACACUCACUAGGAACUUUUGUGGAAUUUGAUAUUCACUGUGGAUAACUUCAGAAUAUUUUGAUGAAAAUGACAUUUUUACUUUGUACAUAUAUUGCUUAAGAUCAGGUGUGGAUAAAUUUAUCAUAUAUAAGUUGAUAGUAGUAAGGUAAUAGGUAGCAAUUUGGCAAGUAUGGGUGAGAUUUAUGUCUACAAAAGUUACAGUAACUUUUAGUUUGCAUAAUAUUGACAAAUGAAAUUCAUGUGGUGGUUUGUGGAGAUUUCAUCUUAUGAAAUCUAAUCA